AAUAAAAAAUUUGAAAGUAUAUUGCGUUUCAAAAACAUUUUGUUAAAAUCAAAAUUGUGUGUCAAUCCUUGUAAAGUGAAUUAUUAGUUGGACAUAAUUUAACUACAAUGGAUUGUUAUAAUAUUCCAAAGAAGGUGAACAGACAUGUAUUGUCCGCCAUGCAUUACUUGUCAUCGGGUAAGCCGCUGGGAACUCCGAUAAAAGAGAAGGAAAUAAUUGAUAGAGUACGUUUUCAAAUGAAAAGAUUAGUACCUGUGCCGAGACUUGCAAAUGUUAUAAGAAAAUCGCUUAGGAAUAUGGAAAACCUUAGUAUUGUUUCAGAAAUGCGUCCACAUCAUUUUAGUUAUCAUUGCGAUUCGAGACAAACCCUGUUACAAAGUAGUCCGGAACAGGACAAUUUAUUUAACCAGAAUAUAUUUGUUCCAAGAGGAAAGAGGAGUUAUCAGUGGACUGAGGGUCCUGCAAACGAAAGAAAUGAUUGGAGACGUUUACCUCAGCAAAGAAGAUUGGAAGAGAUAUAUUUUGAUGACAUAUCUUUCAAAUCUAGUUUAAAUAGUAGUAGUACAUAUAUGGGACAAUACGAUUAUAUGGAGCUGAGUGAUGACGAGGACUCACUUUCGACUUUAUCGGAUUAUGAAAUUCAACGCCUACGAAGAAGACUACGUGAUGAAUAUUAUUAUAAUGACAGAAGAAGGAUUGAACGUGAACGGCGUUAUAGAAGAGCUAUGGACCAGAUUUAUAAUAAUCAUACAAGAAAUGAGCGAAAUUACCGGAGAAUGAGAGGAACAAGUAGAUAUAGUCACCAUGGGGGGGUUCGUUUAGCUACCUCUGCUGAACUGGCAAGAAUGCCACAUGGCAUUAAGAGAUUUGCAGGUCCUCGUAUAAUAAAACAAACUCCAUCAUCUUCUUAUGGUUGUUGCAUAAAUGAAAUUGAAACUCAAGAAAAACCUCCUCUACUUCAAACGGAAGUAGAGGAGAAGAAAGAUAUAAUUUGCCAACAACCUACAUUAGAUGCUGCAGAAUAUAUAUGGGAAAGUACCAGUUCUACCAUUCACAGCGAUUUUGAAGCACAAUUUAGAGCAGAGAAAGAAAAGGAUUUAUUUGGCCAACAUGAACAAGAACCAUUACUUAUGGCAACAUAUGUUUCCAAUAGAAAUGAAACUGCAAGUUUAAAUCUUAGCACAAGAGUAGAUAAAACUGAAGCAACCAUUUCACAGAGCAAUUUAGAAGCGCAAUGUGAAACCAUGAAGGAGGAAAUCACAUCUGAUCAAGUUUCAAGUAUAAAGGAAACCCAACCAUCUGCUUCAGGCAGCAAAACUCAAUCACCUUCUUCGGGUGGUAAUUUGGAAAAUUGUAAUCAAUACUCAGAGAGCAGUUCUGAAGAUUACCAUAGCUGUGAUAACAUAAUUUUGAAAUAUGUUAGAUAGAAGUAAAUGGUACCAUCAAAAUCUUAUGUAUAAAUCAAUCAUUAUAAAAACAUAUGGAAGUAUCAAAAGGAUCAUGGAUAAGUUAUUUUAUUAAUAUUUUAU